CUUACCUGCUCCUGGCCGGCCUGGGGUCCUCCAGAGUGUUUCUCUGCAGGUCACCGAUGGAUCCCACUACGUCCGCGUGGUCGUUUCACCCGAAGCUCUGCAGACAGAGGAAAAGUGGGUUCCACCUUGACUCACCUGUAGCUGGGACGGCGGUUCUCCACAGCUGCUAGUGGGGCUCCUGCCUGGUCUUGUUUCAGGUUGUGUUAAGCUAAAGCAAUCUCAGGGUGGGAAGUCGGUGUGAAAGAGCUGCUAAGAGAAGCAAGCUGGAAUGCUGUGCUCUGGUCUUGGCUGGCUGGGAUGGGCAGGAGGCUGUGGCAGAAGUUGUGAUACCAUUAGGAAGGACUGAAAAGCCCACGGGUUUUGUGAAAGGAGCCAGAGCAUUACCCGUGGGCUGCUCCUUCAGUGCUUUCCUCUGUUUCCCCAUUUGGACACCCUUAAACUGGUGGGGUGCAGGUAGCAGAGCCAAGGAUAAGCAGCAGGAAGAAGCUACUCUUAGGCAGGAAUUAUUAAGGAAUAAGGAGCCCCUGCUGCUCAUGCCUAGAUAUGUUCCAGCAUGCCCUGGUGUGGUUGGCAGAGCUGUUGGGGGAGCCCCACUGUGUGUCUGGGGGGGGGGUCCAGCUCCAUUCUUCAUCUUUCCAAGGUGUUUCUGCUCCUUUUCCAGUGCCUUCAUGCACCUCAAGCUUGCCGGCCUCACCUGCAGAAUUGUCGUCCUGCAGAAGUACAGAGUGUGUUUUCAGGAGGAGGCCAGGCUGGAGGACUGCGAGCUCUACCUCAAGGCCCAGCGGUUCAUCGUGCUGCCCAUCCAGAGGCAGAAGAUAGAAUCAUCCGAUGGGAACCAGGAGCCUUCUGUGGUGAAGAAGAUAAAGGAGCUGUGGCUGAGGAAUCCUGCUGUGAAGAAUGCUCCCAGCUCAGACCCCUCCAUCUCUCAGCUGAUCGAUGCCAUAGGACAGAACCAGCUGGAGAUUUUGAAGGAAAAUGCUGAGGAAUGCUUGGAUUUACAGAUGCCCAAGGAGAAGCCGGUGACGGUGACGGACGAGGUUCCUGUCACCGAGUGGGAGGCAGAGCGCAAGACAGAGCAGGUUCAGGAUGUUUUCAUGGUCCCAGUCAACACCCUGGUGAUCCCUCCUGAGGAGGAGGAAGUUGCUUGUGAUUCUUCCAAGACAGAUACAAACAAAACAACUUCUGGGAAGAGUAGUGAUGACAGGACAGUGUCAGGGGACCCAAGUGCUGUAUCUCAAGCCAGCCAUGCUGAGUCACUGGCCUUGUCUGAUAGCUUGGAGGGAUCCCUGGACAACCCCUGGAACAGGGUCCCCUCAUUGUCUUUGACCCCGAGCUCUUCAGAUGAGAAGACCUUUCAAUCUGACGCUUCCCUGAAGAGCCAGAAGGAUGUGUCUGCUGACAGCAACACCCCCGACCUGCUAGAACUGUGUAACCAGGACUCUCCCAAGAGACUGCCACAGGGAGAGCCAGUACAGACUUUCUCUCCCUCCUUGCUCUGCUCCUAUCGCAAUCCCAGUCCAGUGAAGACCAGCACCAGCCAGGCAGCAUCAGCUUUGGGGGCAGCCUGUGGUGCCCCCUGUGCUGCUCAAGGCCCGCAGGGAUCAAGGGGCUCUCAGGCCACCCUGCCAACUCUUUCUCCAGAUUUCCCUGUCUUGCCCAGCACCAGCUUGCAAUCCAUGCCCGACAGGAUGCCUCACGGGGAGCAGGCGUGCUCCAGUGGCACAGCUUUCCCUCCAGGUGCCUUGAAGCCUUGUCCAGCUCCUGGCAGGACACGGAACCGAGCUGCUGCAGGUGCCAAGAGGAAGCUGAUGGUGGGAGAUGAUGAGGCACUGCUGGCCCCCGGCGGGCAGCAGCAUCCCCAGGGCACCCCAAGGGGCAGGGGGACAGGCACAGGCAGGAGAUCAGAGCUCAUGAGCCCACGGGGUGCAAAGAAGAGCAGAAAGGAGACAGGGCUGCAACAUGGAAAGGAGCUUGAGGAGGAAGAGAAGGAGGAGGAGGAGGAAGAAGAGCAAGCGUCAUCCUCUGCGAGCGGCCUCAGCUCCAGGCCGGAGCAGCGCAGAACUCUGGAGCCGUACGUGAGGAAACCAGCCCAGUACAAAUAUGAGGCACCAAGCCCUGAGCUCUGCCAGCAGAUACAGUCUAUCAGGAUCUCCAAGGCAAUGCUGAAGUGGGCGUGCUGGAUACUGACAGAGGAGGAGGAGGAGGAUUCCUGAGCCUAGCCCAUUCUUCAUUCCGUCCUUCUUUCACCGUAUCCUCCAAAACACUGGGAAGAGCAGUUGGGGGGGGAUGUGGGGACACCAGGACCCCUGUGCCCAAGAGGACCACUGAGUGGGCUGACCUGGCUGCAAAGACCCUGGCCGAGGGAUGCUGGGAUAUGACCUGUUGAAAGCCAGCACCCUCAGUGCCAAGAGGGGGAAAAAAGCAUCCAUGCAGGAAUGCCUGUGUGUGAGCUGGCAUCCCUCUCCCACCUUGCCAUCCUUUCCAAAUGCCUUGGCAUCUGGGGACAAGGAGUGACCCAGUGCCACUGUAGCAGCAAGGGCCGAGGCCUGACAACCUGAUCCCCUCUCCGAAGGUGCCCCAGGAGUUUGGAUGUUUUAUUGAUUAGUUUUGGUAGGGUCCUGCACCGUUUGUUACAAAAAAUAUCCCGCAGGGUUAUGCUGUAGAAAUUAAAAAUAAAAAUUGUAUAUUUUUUAAA